AUGGAUCGCAAUCCGUCUCCUCCGCAUCUGUGUCGGGAAGAGGAGGAAGAUGAGGCGGUGGCUGGAGGAGACUGCAUAGGGAGCACGGUCUACAGCAAGCACUGGCUCUUCGGCGUCCUCAGCGGGCUUAUUCAGAUUGUUAACCCUGAAAACACCAGACUCAGCUCACAUGAUGAGGAGCAGCAGAUGGAGCUUGAUGAAGAAAUGGAGAAUGAGAUUUGCAGAGUAUGGGACAUGUCAAUGGAUGAGGAUGUAGCUUUAUUUCUCCAAGAAUUUAAUACUCCUGACAUAUUUAUGGGAAUAUUGGCCAAAUCCCAGUGUCCUCGAUUAAGAGAAAUCUGUGUGGGAAUUUUAGGCAAUAUGGCCUGUUUCCAGGAGAUAUGUGUGUCCAUCAGCAGCAAUAAAAAUCUUGGACAGGUAUUAUUACACUGUUUGUAUGAUUCAGACCCUCCCACUCUGCUGGAAACAAGCAGGUUGUUGCUUACUUGCCUUUCCCAGACAGAAGUAGCCAGUGUCUGGGUUGAAAGAAUCCGGGAACAUCCGGCUGUUUAUGAGAGCAUUUGCUUCAUCAUGUCAAGUUCAACAAAUGUUGACUUGCUGGUGAAGGUUGGGGAGGUUGUAGAUAAACUCUUUGAUUUGGAUGAGAAACUAAUGUUGGAAUGGAUUAGAAAUAGGGCAUCUCAGCCUCUGGAACAACCACAGCAAGAUUCUGAAGAGCGACCAGUAUUUAGGAUUGUGCCUUCUGUACUUGAAGCCGCCAAACAAGUACGUUCUGAAAAUCUAGAAGGGCUAGAUGUUUACAUGCAUAUCUUCCAGCUACUUACCACAGUGGAUGAUGGAAUUCAAGCAAUUGUACAGUGUCCUGAUGCUGGAAGAGAUACUUGGAAUUUACUUUUUGACCUGAUCUGCCACGAAUUCUGCCAGACUGAUGAUCCACCCAUCAUCCUUCAAGAACAGAAAACUGUGCUAGCCUCUAUUCUUUCAGUAUUGUCUGCCAUCUAUACGUCCCAGGCCAAACAGGAGUAUCUAAAGAUAGAAAAAGUAAAUCUUCCUCUAAUUGACAGCCUGAUUCGAGUCUUACAAAAUACGGAACACUGUCAGAAGAAACCAGAGACCUCGGCAGAGUCUAACACAGGCGAGACUAAGAAGUCUGACUUCAUGGAAGAUGAUUUACACUUGAAAAUAUUAAAGGAUAUUUCAUGUGAAUUUCUUUCUAAUAUUUUUCAGACAUUGACUAAGGAGACUAUGGCUCAGGGCCUAACAGAAGGCCAUUUAAACAAACAGAAGUGUUCUUGUGCAUUUCAAAACCUUCUUCCUUUGUACAGCCAUGUGGUGGAAGACUUUCUUAAAAUCCUACAUGAUAUUGAUAAGUCUCUUGCUGAUGACCUGGAGAAAAGCUUCCCAAGUUUGAAGGUUUAG